AGAAACAAACACAUUCAUACAUGGUCAUGGUGAUGUUGAAGAGAAGCAUUUUUUGUGUUUUAUUUUUAUUGCUUUGUGCUUCUUGCUUCUCCAAUGCUCGGUUGCACCCUUCAGGUGGAGCUGAAGUUAAUGUCAUUCCUGUUAUUACAAAGGUUAGUGUUGUAAACACUAGUAAGGUGAUGAGAGACCAAGUUGAAAUUGAAGGGAACUUGAUGAAUAAGAAAAGUGGAAAGGAGAAUGUAAGAAAAUAUGUGAAGAAGAAGAGAAGUUUAAGGAGUCGUUUGGGUGGUGAGAUUGUUGAUGGAGAAUUUGUGGCUUUUACUGCCGAUUACCAUUCACCAAGGCACCAUCCACCUAAGAACAACAAAUGAAUAUAAUAUAUAUUUCAUAUUUUCAUUUUGAAAUAUAUGGUAUAUUUUAA